AUGGUUUCACUUCUUUUUUACUCGAUCCAAAAUUGGAUGGGUCGGUUAAGACGUAGCAAGCCUAGCAAAGCCAAUCAAACCGGGGUGCGACACCUUGAUCUCAUAAUGGGGAUUUCUACCCAGGAGUUGAGGUCUGACGCGGAACACGGUCUAUAUCGGGUCAAUCUAGGGGCUAACAGUUCUUCAGUAUAUAACGAGCGAAUAGACUGUCUGCUGUUCGUACUGGUUAUGAGUGGCAAAAAAGGAAGUGUCCCCUAUGAUAUGCGGAUUCAGCCCGAAAAGUAUACCCUCCGCCACCUGGGAACUGAAAAGUUCUCCCUUCUAAGAAAGAAGAAACCCUGGAAAGCUGUCAAGCCGAAACCUGUUUUAUCCUCAAAGAACCCAAUGGGCGUACAAAUAUCUGCUUCGAAAAGACCACGAGAGAUGCGAAGAAUAGCCCUUAGCUUGGUUGCGGGGGAGAAAGACUAA